UACUUUGAAGCCUCCUCCUCCUCCUCUUCCUCCUGCUGCUGCUGCUGCUGCUGCUGCACAGAAAUAGAAAGGUUUGGCAGAAAGCGCUCGUCCGGUAGUAGGAGUGAGGACACAUCAGCAAAAAUAAACUUGUCACAGCUUCAAGCAGGGUCUCACUACAGAGAUUAUCUUCCGCUUUUGCCUCAGCAUCAACGUGAGAUACCUAAAAUAGGGAAGGAUAUUGCAGAAAUUGCUAACCAGCUUGGCUAACACCAAGUCUGUUUUUUUUUUUUUUUUUACAAUAACGAAGUUGAGACAGACUAUUUAUAACAAAGUACCCAGAAAAGGUACUUAAAAAAAGUAUUACAGCUUUUUUUUGUCAGCCACAUUUUUCAAGAGUUAGUUUUGUGAGGGAAUGGCAUUGGACUUCGCUGCAGGAUGCAUAGGAGGUGCUGCUGGUGUUUUGGUCGGACAUCCAUUUGACACAGUGAAGGUGCGACUUCAAGUUCAAAAUGUGGACAAACCUUUGUACCGGGGGACGUACCAUUGCUUCCAAUCCAUCGUACGCCAGGAGUCGAUUUUUGGUCUUUACAAAGGCAUCGGCUCUCCAAUGAUGGGCCUGACCUUCAUCAACGCCAUAGUUUUUGGUGUGCAGGGCAACGCCAUGCGGAAGCUCGGCAAGGACACACCGCUCAACCAGUUCCUGGCUGGAGCCUCAGCAGGAGCCAUCCAGUGUGUCAUAUGCUGCCCCAUGGAGCUGGCCAAGACACGCAUGCAGCUGCAGGGGACUGGUGAAAAGAAGUCGAAGAAGAAGAUGUAUAAGAACUCCUUGGACUGUCUGGUAAGAAUCUACAAAAGGGAGGGAAUCCGAGGUAUCAAUCGCGGCAUGGUGACCACCCUGAUCCGUGAGACGCCAGGGUUCGGUGUGUACUUUCUCGCUUAUGACACAUUUACGCGUACCCUGGGUUGUGAGCCGGAAGACCCGUACAUGAUCCCAAAGCUGUUGUUUUGUGGUGGAAUGUCUGGGAUCGCUUCCUGGCUCUCCACCUAUCCCGUAGACGUGAUCAAGUCUCGUCUGCAGGCGGACGGGGUCGGUGGUGUCAACCAGUACAACGGCAUAAUGGACUGUGUGAGACAGAGCAUAAAGAAGGAAGGCUGGAGGGUGUUCACACGUGGACUCACAUCCACUCUGCUCCGCGCGUUCCCAGUGAACGCUACCACAUUUGCCACUGUGACUCUAUUUUUAAUGUACAUGCGUGACGGAGAAGAGUGUAGCAUUCAGGACUCAGAGCCACAGGCUGUUGCGCUGCAACCUUUGCAACCACAGGCACAGCCGACCAGCAUGUAAGCCACUCUGCAGCUGCACUAAUUACUACAGUCGUCAGCAAGUCUAUCCAGUGUAGAUGGAAUUUACAGCUUCAUGCAGGUCUGUGAUCUGUUAACUGGUGUCCAUAUUGACAAAGUUGAACUGAUCCUACGUAUUCAUCCGCCCUUGGAGCUUCAGCCAAGUGACCGCAUGUAGUAUUUAAAUAAUAUAUUAUAAGAUAAAAGCAGCACAUGUAAAUAUGGUCUCUUUUUAAAAACUUGGUUUUGUACACUUUUUUUUUUUUUAAAUGUUGAAUUUAGGAAACUUAACGGUUACAAGAGUUACUGUAACAUACAGUAAUGGUUACGGAUGUCCCAAAAUGUAUUUACAGUUAAAGAAACACUUUGAAUGCUGUGUUCAGUUUAUAAGGAGGUAUACCUGAAAUUCAUGUUAAAACCUUUAUCAAGUAUAAAGACAUGCAAGACAUGCCUGAACUUCACUGUGUGCCAUAAAGUAUUUUGAAGCUUAGAUUCAUGAAGUUUAAGCAGCAGACCAAUCCAUCAUCUUUUUGAUGGUGUCCAUAGUUGUCCCCUUUCCAUUUACCUCCUUAGUGUGAACACAGCAUUUUAUCAUAAUGGUUACAAAUACAAAGAAAGCAUGACAUAUGCACUGUACAUUUAUGUAGAUAUUCUUCUUUCUCUGAGGUCAUAACCGUGUUUGUAGUUGAACUUUCCUAUGAGAGGUCAUAGGAAUGCAAUCCAAAUGUCAUGAGGUGUCGAGGUUUUAAUUAAAUGAGGUGUCUUUAUUUCUUUGUGUACUUAAAUAACCUGUUUUUAAUUCUGAAAUUUACAGAGAAAAUAUGACUGGCUUGGACAAUGAAUUUCCCUUUGUAGUGUGAUGGAAACAGAAAUACCCUUUAGGUAAAUGCAGAGAUUUCACCCAGAUAUAAAAUAAGUAUGUUUAAUUGUGGGCUUGAUGUCUUUGAAAUGUUUUUUAUUUGACACAAUCUUUGUCGAAAACCAAAUUUAAAGCAUGUAUUAAUCUUUUUGUUCUGGACAUCAUGCAAUGUCCAAAGAAAGCACCUUAUGGUAUAAUGUUAAGCACAUUACUGUAAAAAUACACUGAUGGCAGUCAGAUUUUUCACUACAGUUACAUUUGAUAUUUGAAAUGUCCCACCAGUAUGAUUCUGUUACAGUGUCAACGAAACUGUUUAAAAAUCUGAACUGUAUUUUUAAGCCUCUUCUCCCUCUCAUUAGAUGUGAAGCACAAUGUUCCACAGAAUAGAGUUUAUUGUGAGAUAAGCUCCAUACACACUAAACUCCGCCACCUUGAGGCAGAGAAAGUAACUGGUCCGAAAAGUUUAGCACUUGUAGCUGCAGAUUUUGUUUGUCCUUGUUACUACUGCAGAUUUAGCUUCUUUUUUUUAAUAGCUGCUGUUUGUGUGUUUCAAGAAUGUACAUUUGUACAUUAAAUAUCUAUGAAUAUGAGUAUAACCUCCCAAACUGAAAUAGAAUUCAGGUUGUGACUUGAAAUACGUAAAGGGAACUUUCAAAGAUGUUUCAAAUGAAUUUAUCUUUUUUUUUUUUUCUUUUCGGUUUUCUAAAUGCCUUUAAAACCUUUUCAGACACUAACUACAAACACCAACUAGUAUCAAAUAUUCACCACCAAAGACAGAGCCAACUUACUUUGCUAUUUAUUUAUGUUUGUUGUCUUUAAGCUUGCUUCCCUCUUCAUAUUAACCAGGACAGGACAGAAAGAGUGUGACCUCUGUACUCCACCCUGUUAACAUUUGCUGAAGUUAAAACUUUUCACAUUUCACAAGUUAAACAUGUAAACCAUAAACAGCAGCUGAAAUAAAAACAAAAUCUUGGAAGUGUUACAAUUGCAGGAGCCAUUACUUCUCCUGCAUGUAGAUGGCACCCUGUCUAAUCUACAUCUGCAGUUGUGAACUGCUGCUGCUCUUCAUUUUGACAGGGUAGACUGGGGCUACAGGGUCAGAAGUGAAGGUCUAAAACUGCUUUGGGGUUGUCCAAAGACAUAGCGAGAUGUGUGUGUGUGUGUAUAUACUGUGAAUUUGGUGUACAAUGUGUGAAAUCUCUAGGCUUUUGAAUUAAUAAAUUACGAUAUUAUUUCUGUCCCAAGA